GCGUGCACUGCUCAGCAGCUGUCAGUCAAAAAAACAAAACAAAGGCCACGUUUUUCGCGAAAAUUCUCGGUGAUGCGAUGUGCCCAAUCAAGGCGUCCGUGAGCGGACACUGGAAUCGUUCCGAGUUCGUGAGGUGCGGCACACAUGGAGCGGACAUCAUCGUCGUCGGCAAACCAGAGGCCGGAUCAAGAACAGUAGGGGCCUAGCUCUAAACCAGAAAUAUAAAGUCCAAACUCAGCUGCAAAUCAGCUGUAAAAGCGCUUUUCCAGCAAUUUCCAAAACAAUUCAGCUGUUAUUAAUUGCAGGUAAAGCGCUGUUAGUGCUGAACAAUUACUACUUUUAGUGCUGAUUGGUUACUUGGGAAGUUAUGCGUUUGUACGAGGUAAUCGUUAAAGCUCUCCUUCGGAGCGAUUCCGGUGAAAAUGAUCUCCUUGAGGUUGGAGUUGCGCAGACAUUCGGCGAAAUCGCCUACAGUUGUAGGGCAGCAGGAACGUUCACCGUUUCCUGCGUCGGAGACAGUCCCAAGUACUUCAUCGUGCGCUUCAAAGCCUCCAAAAAGUCCACAGUUACCUGUUCAUCAUCAUCCGGCUCGUGGUCCCAGCCGCCGCCAGAACUGGUCAGUAGUGGGCAGCUUGGCCAACCGGAAGUUGGCGAAAUUCUUGGCGCGAUUAUUGGGAUUGAUUAGAUCGGGAACCAGAUUUCGCAACACCACCAAGUCGAUCAACCGCAUUUAAUCGGGCAGUUCCACGCGUGCGUUUGGCCGGAUUGCUAUUUUUGAGUGCCAAUGGAUGCUGGAACAGAAUGAUCCAGUUUGCCAGAUUCCGUGGAAUAUCGGCUUACUAUCCUUUGUUGCUGUUCCGGAUACUAUAUUCGACCGUUUGUUGGGUCAACUGUCCUAGGCCUUCGUGACCUGCCCAGAGUGCUCGUGGUUCCAAUGUACGGGGCAUUGUCAGAGCUUCAGCUUUGCAACAAACGGGUAGAGCCGAUCGUUUGGAGAAUUGUGAAUGCUGCAGCGUAUCAAAUCCUAUAGCUGUUCGCUCUCGUAACUAAU